AUGAAAAGACUUUGUCUACUCACUGCACUAUCUCUACUCAGUGUUGGCAUAGCUUAUGGCAAUACAGACCCCUGUAUGACCUACCGUACCAUAAACCAAGCCAGACGAACCAGUGCUGCCUCCAGGGUUGACCCAGAUCUGGACAUCUGUGACAUCUACCUAGACAAGGACUGGUACAGGUUCACCAGCUACACGGGAGGAGAAAUCCCCACUAGCUGUGUCGAUGUGGAGUCUUGUAGUACAGAAGCACCGGUGUGGAUGAAUGGCAGCCUUCCAACCACCGACGCCAUUGUCAACAGAACGGCGUGUGCCAAUCUCGGCUUCGGGACAGACUGCUGUACAUUUUCGUGGGACAUCAGAGUUAAACGGUGCUCGGAUGCACACGGACUGUUCUAUGUGUAUGAGCUGGAACCGACGCCUUUUUGUCCGAUGGCAUACUGUGCUGUCGAUGGUAACGUCAGGCUCGUCGAUGGAGAUUCAUUCGGUGAGGGAAGAAUAGAAGUCUAUUUUAACCAUGAAUGGGGCUCCAUCUGCAACAGCGGGUGGACAAAGGACACCUCCGACGUUAUCUGUGAUCAGCUAGGCUACGGGGAGUCCCAGUGGUUUAACAGGUUCUGGCACGAAUGCUUGGACAGCGAGUUUCCCUGCCACAAUGGUGUCUGCGUGCCGCUAGAGACCUACUGCGACUUUAACAACGACUGUGGGGACACGUCUGACGAAAACAACUGCAACCACUAUCCUGGUAGAUGCAAUUUUCAAAAUGGCCUCUGCAACUGGAUACAGCCCAAGUCAGACGAUACUGAUUGGUUGCGAAUCCGAGGUUCAUCUGGGGUUUCAGAUCAAGCACCUCCCACUGAUCAUCAGGCGCGGGCAGACGGAUACUAUCUGUACAUUGCUGGUCAUUUGGUACACCAAGGAACUAAAAACGCGGAAUUGCUUUUGCCACAACACCUUUCGGCAAACGGAUCCCAAUGCAAGGUUCUGUUCCACUACUACAUGACAGCCAAUGUAGGGGAACUGCAUCUUUCUAUCAAAACAAAAGAGAGCAUCCGCAGACUCUGGCAACAAAAUACUUCACAAGGAAACAAAUGGAAUAAAGAACAAGUUACAGUUACCAAUACAGAACCGUUUCAGGUUUCCUUUGAGGGGAUCGUGAGGGCUGCAGACACUGGAUCUAUCGCCAUUGACGAUGUCACGUUGACAUCGGGAUGCCUAAUAGAAAGCACUGACUGCCAGCUUACAGAACAGUCGUUUCAAUGCCGGAGUGGGGAAUGUGUUUCCCAUAAUCUGGUAUGUAACUAUGAGGAUAACUGUGUCGACUCUUCUGACGAGGGAAACGCCUGUAAUGAUGAAAUCGGAAGAUGUGACUUCCAGGAGGACUUCUGUUCCUGGUCUCAAGAUCCGGACGAUGACUUUGACUUUGUCAGAGGUGCAGAAACAACAGACACCGAAAACACCGGACCAAUAACGGACCACACACACAAGAGUCCAUUUGGGUUCUAUGCGUACAUUGAAGCUAGCAGGAGACAGGCAGGCCAGAUUGCUCGACUCAUCAGUCCUGCGUACACGAACUCCACGGACUGCCAGUUUCGCUUCUUUUACCACAUGAGCGGUCAUCACAUCGGGCAGCUGCGAGUCCUUCUUUUGAACCAAGAAAACGGCAGAACCAAGGAGCUGUGGAGUCUUCAAGGAGAUCAAGGGAGAAGUUGGUCUUAUGGAUCUGUCAGCAUUAACAAGGAAUGGGGCGUUUACUCGGUCAUUCUUGAAGCAAUUAUUGGGAAUGGGGACCAGGGAGAUAUUGCAUUGGAUGACGUUUCCUUUGCAACCUACUGCACCCCUUAUAAAAAAGACAAUCCUAAGAACAAUGGAAGCGUUCUAUCUACGGGUGCCAGCAUUGCCAUCGGCCUAUGCUGCUGUCUUGUUGUCCUAGUAACUGUUGCUGUAGUUAUUUUUCUUCGGAAGAGAGGCUCCAAAAGCAGGUAG